UUUUUGGUCCUUUUUAACGGGAAAGUUCACAGGAUUUCUGUUAUUAGGGUUUACACGUGCGAGGCUGAUUCUGCGAUUUGUUGUCGACUAUUCACUCGCCUGAGAUGCAGCUCUGAUCGCUUCUUGGCGGAUUGGAUGUAUUAGCCCUAUAAAGCACUGGUAAGAGUCCAACAAAAUCAAAGUCUUUCGCAACUUUGUAUUUCAUUUUCCUUUGUUGUAAUUGAAAUGCAAUACCGGUCCGGGGUUCUCUCGAACUCGAAUAUUCUACAGUUUAGAUGUCUAAUAUUUGAUGAGCGAAGUGUUGCUGUCGCAACUCCUAGCUGGAACCGAAAUUCUGUGGGUUAAUUUGCUUCUGUGUGAUCUCCUGAGAAAAAAAAUGGUGUUGGAACCCUGCUUCCGGUGAAAUGAUAUGAAGUUUUGAAUAUGAGCGAUGGAGGUGGGGAGAGUGGAAAAGAGAACAAAGACGACGCCAAGAGGAAAUCGAGGGGAGGCGACGAUUUUGGCCGGGCUAUUGCCAAGAUUGCUGUCGCGCAGAUAUGUGAGAGCGCGGGUUUUCAGGGCUUCCAGCAGUCCGCGGUUGAAGUCCUCUCCGAAAUCGCAAUCCGUUACCUCCGUGACUUAGGCAAGACUGCUAAGUUUUACGCUAAUUUAGCAGGUAGAACACAGUGUAACGUCUUCGAUAUCGUUCAGGGGCUUGAAGAUUUAGGAACUUCGCAGGGUUUUUCCGGUGCAUCAAAUGUCCACCGUUGCACUGCAGGUUCAGGCGUAGUUCAAGUUAUUACGCAGUACUUGAGCUUGGAAGAAGAGCUUCCUUUUUCCCGCCCUGUUCCAUAUUUCCCGGUCAUCAGAGACAGGAAGCUCACUCCAAGUUUUCUGCAGAUCGGAGAGAUGCCGCCUGGCAAAAACAUUCCCCCUUGGUUGCCUGCAUUUCCCGAUUCCCACACGUAUGUUCACACUCCUGUAUGGAAUGAGAGGGCAGCAGAUCCUCGUACAGAUAAAAUUGAACAGGUGAGGCAGCGAAGGAAGGCUGAACGGUCUUUGCUGAGUUUGCAGCAGCGUUUGGCAUGCAAUGGUUCGGCAGCGCCUGCCACAGUGGACCCUGCAGAUGCUGGGAAGCUGAAACGAGCAGCAGGAAGUAACCCAUUUCUUGCUCCACCUCUGCAGUUUAGCGAGAAAGAUGUGUCUUCCGUUGUUCCUCCCCCCCAGCUUUCUAAUGAAGAGGUUCUGGAAAAAAGAGUUUCGGUGUUGGAUACGUUUGCUCCUGCUAUUGAAGCUGCAAAGAGUGGUUUUUAUGAUUCUGGAGAUGGUGAGAGAAAGGACCUCCCUAACAGGAGACCCACUGUGCAUUUCAAGCUCGGGAAUGGGAAGUCUUUAGGUGCACCUCGUUAUUUGAACCUUCACAGUCAGAGUGUGGUGAAAACAGUUCCAUGGUUUGGGAGGGACGAUGAGAAAGAUGACAAGAAGAGGAGAGCAGAGCAAAUUCUGAAGGAAUCCAUGGAAAACCCACGAGAACUUGCUCUGUUGUAAAUUAGUUCAUUGACUGGUUGCUGACUGGUUGCUUGAUCGGGAUUUGUAUACUUGUUCAAGAGUUCUGCAGCAACAGCAAGGGGUGGGUUGUGGGGUAGUCAAAGUCAAAGGCCAUCUUGUUGUUGUGCUAUGGAUAAUAUUAGUGGGACGGACAGUUGGGAGUCCCCCUUGGUUCUACCUUAACAAAUUUUUGAGGUAUGUCAAUGUUUGUUCCCUUCAUACAGUGGCCCUUGUCUUCAAUUCUUUUCAAUGAAAACCUUUUUUCUUCUUCCAUGAUCCUAUAUUGAAUGGAUGCAUGGA